UCCGCCGCCGCAGCCUCAGCCGUCGCCAUUAUCGCGGCGGGAAGAGUCAGGUUCCCAGACAGCUGGAGGCGACGGAGGUGGCUGGAGUAAGUAACUACGAAAAGAAAAAUAUUUUGCUUCUGCCCUCUCCUCUAGAAAUGGCCAAUGUGCUCUGUAACAGAGCCAGGUUGGUUUCCUAUCUUCCGGGAUUUUAUUCCCUAGUGAAAAGAGUUGUCAAUUCCAAAGCCUUUUCAACUGCUGGAUCUUCAGGUUCUGAUGAGUCUCAUGUGGCCACUGCACCUCCUGAUGUAUGCUCUCGAACAGUGUGGCCUGAUGAAGUUAUGGGACCAUUUGGGCCUCAGGAUCAGAGAUUCCAGCUUCCUGGGAACAUAGGUUUUGAUUGUCACAUCAAUGGGACCAUGUCACAGAAGAAAAGCCAGGUUCAUAAAACUUUACCUGAUAUUCUAGCAGAACCUUUAUCAAGUGAAAGACAUGAGUUUGUGAUGGCACAGUAUGUGAAUGAAUUUCAGGGUAAUGAUGCACCUGUUGCACAGGAAGUCAACAGUGCAGAAAUGUACUUUGAAAGUGCCAGAGUAGAGUGUGUAAUCCAAACAUGUCCAGAAUUGCUGCGAAGAGAUUUUCAAUCACUGUUUCCAGAAGUAACUACCAACAAACUAAUGAUUCUGACUGUAACACAGAAAACUAAGAAUGAUAUGACUAUUUGGAGUGAGGAAGUAGAAAGUGAAAGAGAAAUACUCUUAGAGAAGUUUAUCAGUGGUGCUAAGGAAAUAUGCUACGCUCUUCGAGCCGAAGGCUAUUGGGCUGACUUUAUUGACCCAUCAUCUGGUUUGGCAUUUUUUGGACCAUAUACAAACAACACUCUUUUCGAAACGGAUGAACGCUAUCGACAUUUAGGAUUCUCUGUUGACGAUCUUGGCUGCUGUAAAGUGAUUCGCCACAAUCUCUGGGGUACCCAUGUGAUUGUAGGAAGUAUCUUCACGAAUGCAACACCAGACAGCCACAUUAUGAAGAAAUUAAGUGGAAACUAGUACUGAUGCCAACUUGUGGGCUGUACUGUUUGUACUUAUCAUUUGGGUUGAUCUGUAAACACUGUCAAAGGCCUCAGUUUUUAAACUUUACUUACUUCUAGGGUAUUUAUUUCAACACUUAUGAAUUUACCAUUGUUGGCAAGAGUUUGUGAUUUUUAAAUCUCAGAAGUUCAUAUUGUCAGUGAAUACAUGUUAAGCACAUCCAAAUUGUACAGAAUGUGGUACUUAACAUGUAACCAUGGUAUGAUCUCUAUUUUUAUUUCUCCCCUUUAUUGGAAAAACCUUAGUUUUACUUACUUUCUCCAAAAAUAAACUAUACAUUUACUUA